GUUCGGCAAGGGAUUCGGCCGAAGGAGAGGAGUCGUCAUUGGCUGAGGCACCCACAGGAAAGCUCCUGUGGAGCAACUAGUCACAUGUUGCACAUCCUCGGUAUGACGAGCCUCAAAGCUUGAACAACUGAGCUGUGUCACUUGAGACUUCUUGAAUCGCCAACGCUCGAAGAAUGGCAACAGCUGCAGUAUUUGGCUCUACGGGAGCAGUGGGCUCGCAGAUCCUCGCAACACUGCUCGCCUCGGACGCAUUCUCCUUUGUCAAGACCGUGUCGAGACGAAUCCCGAGCAUCCAGAGUCCAAAGCUCGAGGCUCUGCAAGAAGGCGACACCUCGAAAUGGGGUGACAUGAUUGGCUCCAUGGCACCGAAACCGUCAGUGGUCUUCAACGCGGUUGGCACCACUCGAGCUGCAGCUGGGGGGAUUCAAAAUCAGUGGAAGAUUGACCAUGAUUUAUGUAUUGAGAACGCCCGGGCCGCCAAGGCAGCGGGGGUGAAGACUUAUGUCUUUAUAUCUAGUACUGGGACCCGGGGCUUCCUCUCCAAGCGUGUUCCUUAUUCGAAGAUGAAAGUCGGCGUGGAGGAUGCCAUCAAGGAACUGGGGUUCGACCAUGCGAUUAUCUUGAGACCUGGAAUGAUUCUCGGGAGGGAAGUUGCCAAAGCUGCAUUUUUCGAAUCUAUUGUGGGGAACCUCAACAAGCUCGGACAGGGUAUACAGGAUCGAAUCGGCCAAGACCAGACUGUAAUUGGGAGAGCUGCUGUUGCAGCAGCGAUACUGGCUGAAGAAGGCAAAGCGCCCUCGGAGUUCUGGGCAUUAGAGCAGGCUGAUAUUGUCAGACUAGGUAGAGAGGAGUGGAAGGAGUGAUGCUUGUCACUCUUUCUUACUCAUCUUUAGUGUAUAAAAGUCUCGAUGGAAAGGUCAAAAUUGGAGAUACAGAUUACGGACCUCGCCAAAUUAUCAUUUAUACCACCACACUUUUUUCGUUCAGGACUUCCCGGGCUUUCGUGUAUUUCAGGCUUUAGAGGUCGUAGCUGGGAAACGCCCAGAACUGCCAGCCCUGCUUUCGAACGAAAUAUCCGUGAAUUUAUAGCUCCAAAUACCACUCAUACAACCGAAAAACAUCAUAGUUUUUGGAC